GUCACCGUGGGAGUGUUUCAUCGGGAGAAAUGAACGGUUAUCGCCACAGUGCUCUGAGGGCUCACCAUGUGAUUUUGCCACACUUCUCAGCCUAAUUCACUGGAGAGACAGGGCAGUUGUCGCCACCCUGGAUUGAGUGGCGGACAUUGCCUAUGACCUGAAGUGAUUAUUUUGGAUUAACCCACAUCAUCUUCCUAUGUAGAGAAGACAAAGCAGCCAGACUGAUGAAUGAGCAGAGCCAUUCCUGAAUUGAGAGCCAGAGGAGGCUAUGCUGGACUGAUGAUGAGCAUGACUUUGAGCCAAUCUGCAGAUGCAUGCACACUCACAGACUCCACCUGACCGCCAACCUUCUGGUUCCUGGCUUUGAAUCAGCCUAUCAGAGGGCUAGUGGAGGCGGGGCUUAGUUAGACCCUGUCCCCUAGCUGACCCUCUGUGUGAGACUGGCACCCCUCUGAUGGAUCAGGGUGGUAGUGAGCAAUCUGGUGCGGAGGAGCCUGAUGCUGGGGGUCGAGCCAAGACAGAGGUGAGCAGGAGGGCUUCAGAGCCUGAGCACAGCUUGUCCAAAAUCACGCACAAUGCCUUGGAGAACAUGGGCGCGCUGGGCCAUGGCCUGAAGCAUCUCUUCCAGCCUCAGCGCCGACGCUCGUCCGUCUUGCCAUAUGACACUGCCUCUUCAUCUGUUGGCUUUGCCCCCGAGGCCACAGAGCUGGGGCCAGAGUCGGGGGAAGCGACCACCUCUAGUGCCGCCCCUCUCGACUCUGACCUCCCCGCUUCCGCCCCCCCUCCAGCUCUGAGCCGUGUGCUGCAUCAGAUCCGAGGCCCCCCCAUGAUGAAGAGAGGGACCAGCCUGCAGAGUCGGCGCAGCAAGGUGGGGGGGGGAGGGGAGCCACCCCAGAAAGGCAGCCCGCAGAUCCACAGGCGCAGUACCCAUGAGGCCUUGCUGCAGGCCGGACGCCCGCGCUCGUCCUCCACCACAGAUACACCGAGCAGUCCCGCUCUGGCUGACAUGUUGCUGACCUCUGGCUACCAGUCCACUGAGGAGUCAGACCGGGUGGAUCGACCAGAGGUGUCUGGCCCGGCUGUGUCCCCAGUCGCCCUCUCCAGCAGCUCGGACGGCGGUCCAUAUGGCAUGGACUCUGUGGACAGCGCCCCGGACCCUCAACGCACCAAGCAGGCCAUCCUCCAUCUGAAGCAGAAGAUCCUCAAGCUUACCGAGCAGAUCAAGAUCGAGCAGACUGCCCGCGACGACAACGUGGCCGAAUACCUGAAGCUGGCCAAUAAUGCCGACAAGCAGCAGAGCGCACGCAUCAAGCAGGUCUUUGAGAAGAAGAACCAGAAGUCAGCACAGACCAUCCAGCAGCUGCAGAGGAAGCUGGAGCACUGCCAUCGCAAACUGAGAGAGGUGGAGCAAAAUGGGAUACCACGCCAGCCCAAACACGUGCUGCGGGACAUGCACCAGGGCCUUAAGGACGUUGGGGCAAAGGUGACCGGUGGCCUCUCGAGCAUCUCUCAAGCUACUCAUUCAGCGGCAGGUGCUGUGGUGUCUAAACCCCGGGAGAUCGCCUCCCUUAUCCGCAACAAGUUCGGCAGUGCGGACAACAUCACAGCCUUGAAAGACUCUUUGGAUGAGCCUCAGGGUGAUGAAGCCAUGUCAGGGGUGGGACCAUCGGGCCCCAGGGCCCCGCCUCCCAGCCAGCUGCAGUCCAGCCCCAAGUACGGCAGUGAGGAUGACUGCUCGAGCGCCACCUCAGGCUCGGCAGGGGCCAACAGCACCACAGGGGCCCCUGGAGGUCUGCCGGGCUCCAGAGGCAACACCUUAGAGCACGGCCAAAGCUCAGGCGUCGACAUGUUGUUCCAAGAGAUCCAGGAUCUGAGGGAGAAUCAGGGCCGUCUGGAGGAAUCCUUCGAAAACCUGAAGAGCCACUAUCAAAGGGACUACACCGUCAUAAUGCAGGCCCUGCAGGAGGAGAGAUACAGGUGUGAACGUCUAGAAGAGCAGUUAAAUGAUCUUACCGAGCUCCAUCAGAAUGAAAUUCUGAAUCUGAAGCAGGAGCUGGCCAGCAUGGAAGAAAAAAUUGCAUACCAAUCUUAUGAACGAGCCAGAGACAUACAGGAGGCGCUGGAGGCCUGUCAGACACGCAUCUCUAAGAUGGAGUUGCAGCAACAGCAGCAGCAGGUGGUGCAGUUGGAAGGUCUGGAGAACGCUACAGCACGCACUUUACUCGGCAAACUCAUCAACGUGCUGCUAGCCGUAAUGGCCGUCCUGUUAGUGUUUGUGUCAACGGUGGCAAACUGCGUGGUACCGCUGAUGAAGACGCGUAGUCGCACGCUGUCCACUCUGCUCCUCAUCGUCUUUCUAGCUUUCCUCUGGCGGAACUGGGAGGCCAUGUCACAGUAUGUGGACCGUUUCCUGCUGCACCCUAGAUGACCUGCAGGGGGAGAUCUUGUCUUGAAGGGACAGAAGGGUGGGGCAUUAUGAUGGGAGGCAGAGAACUAGCUGCUCUGAGCUCAGAGGGGCAGGGCUCAGUGGAGACAGAUCGCACAGACUUUUUUAAAAAAACACAAAAAAAAACCCUGGAGUUAAUUUGUUUACAUUUUGAUGAAGACCUUUUUAUCUGUUUACAGGAAAAAUUGUAAUGUUAAGUUGUUGUGGGGAUUUUUUUUUCCCUUUUCUUUUUUUUCUUUUUCAUUUGUUGUUGAAAGUUGUGUUGCUUGGUGUCUUGGUAAUUUUUGUCAGAAUAUACAUUUAUGCAAAUGACCAAAUAACCAGGAUCUGAUUUUAGACACUGAAAUCACAGUGGAGUGUUUGUAUGCAAUCAGAAUGUACAUCUUCCUCCUCAACAUGGCAUAACUUAUUGCUCUCAUCAAUCACCUGCUUUCCCUUCUAAAAUUUGAUAUGUUGUGCUUUUAAACUUUUUUUCUUUCUCUCUGUGUCACUACAAUCCUUCUGUAGGGUUCUCCUUCCUCUUCUGUAUUUGUGUCAUAUCCCUCUUUCUCCUUCUUAUGAACCCAUGCUGCUGUUUGGAUUUCUGCGUAGUCAUCACUGGAUGAAGGAAGAGAUGGGUUUUUUGUUUGGUUCAGUAUGGAGUUUAAUUAGCCGGGCCGUGCUGAACUGGGCUGUGAAAUAAGAACAUUUGUUAGCCCUCAAAGGCCCAGGCUGCCCUGCCUCUUCAUACCAGGCCCUGCCUCCUGUGCCCCAUAGACCAAUGCUGGCAGCGCCCCCCAAUCCAUGAACUUUAUGAACAUACUUGAAGAGCUGGACUGGCUCAAAGACUCUCAGUGCUUCCGUACUGUUUCUUAUAGCGACAAUAAAAUAGUCCUUUUCAGUUUUUAUUUUUUAAAACUAAAUGAAUAAACAGGCUGUUUUAAAAGUGAAA